CGAUCGUGUAGUGACAUAAUAAAAUAUGUGACAUGCAGUGAUGAAUAAUUAUAUUUUCAUACACAUUUGUCUCUUUUUUUUCGUACAUACACGGGAAGAUGGGCACCCGCUCUGAUAAAGUGAUGUGCGGGCGCGGGAAUCUGUGCGAAAAAAAAGCUUACCUGCGGAAGACAGCGCUAUCAGAGAUUUCAGUCAUUUGUCGUUAGUCGGAGAAUGAAGAUUCGCCUCUUGCGGGUUGCGCUGAGAACGUGAAAACAGUCAGUGUCAGUAGUGCUUGCUGGUCGUCGCCCGGGUCUACUAGGUGUACCCAUUCUAUUCUCUAUACUACAGUCUACAGUGCAGUGUAGUGUUGUGCCGUUUCCGGUGUUGGGUUCGCGCGCGCAGUACUACUCCUACGGAAGGUAGAUGUGAACCAGUCGGUGCUAUUACUUUGCAGCAGCCAGCCAGCCAGCCACAGUGAACCAACGUGUGAUCGAAAGCUUGGAGGAAAAUUGGCGCGCCGCGGGUUCAAAUCUGCUCAGAUAAUCGACGUUCGUUCUCGUGUCGUGGUCCUGCUCGGUUUCUCUCCUCGAUCAUCGCGGAUCGUCGGGCGUGUGAAAGGUGCUGAGAAUAUUCGCGUGCUGCCGCAGUUGAUGUAAUCAAAUAAUCCAUUCAAAAUGCACGGAGGAUUUGACCCUGACAAGAACGACACCGUUUCCCUGCGAGACAAGGUCACCUUGAACAAAAAUGAAAAAUGGCGAAUCUUGAAGAAUAUCACCACGGUAUCGUUCGCUUUUAUGGUGCAGUUUACUGCUUUCCAGGGAACCGCCAACCUGCAGUCGUCGAUCAACGCCAAGGACGGCCUCGGAACGGUAUCGCUCAGUGCGAUCUACGCCGCCCUGGUGGUAUCCUGCAUUUUCCUGCCCACGCUGGUCAUCAGGAAGCUAACGGCCAAAUGGACUCUCUGUGUGAGCAUGCUGUGCUAUGCUCCGUACAUUGCUGCUCAGUUCUAUCCCACGUUCUACACGUUGGUACCGGCCGGCAUCCUGGUCGGUUUGGGUGCGGCGCCCAUGUGGGCCAGUAAGGCCACCUACCUGACGCAGCUGGGUCAGGUGUACGCCAAGCUGACGGAACAAUCGGUCGAGGCCAUCAUCGUGCGAUUCUUCGGAUUCUUCUUCCUGGCCUGGCAGACCGCCGAACUGUGGGGAAAUUUGAUCUCCAGCUUGGUCCUUUCCAGUGGAGCUCACGGAGGUGGUUCCGUACAUUCCGACAAUGAAACCUUGGGUGAUUUGGCACUGGCCAAGUGUGGCGCCAACUUCUGCGUAGUGGAAACCGACGACAAUGCCAACCUUCAGCGGCCGCCAGACAAUGAGAUCUUUGAAAUCUCUGCCAUCUACCUGUCCUGUAUUAUCGCCGCUGUCGUGAUCAUUGCCCUGUUCAUGGACCCGCUGUCCCGAUAUGGUGAGAAGCGUCGUGGUUCGAUCUCCGCAAUCGAGGUUUCCGGAGUGCAGCUUCUGUCGGCUACGUUUAAGCAGCUCAAGAAGGCCAACCAGCAGCUUCUGAUCCCGAUCACGAUCUUCAUCGGUAUGGAGCAGGCGUUCAUCGGCGCAGAGUUCACCCAGGCUUACGUAUCGUGCGCGCUGGGAAUUCAUCAGAUCGGCUACGUCAUGAUCUGCUUCGGUGUGGUCAACGCUAUCUGCUCCAUCAUCUUCGGAUCGAUCAUGAAGUACAUCGGGCGUAUUCCGAUCAUUUUGUUGGGUGCUCUCGUCCACGGUGGAGUUGUCAUCUACUGUCUGUUCUGGAAGCCCCAUCCGGACCACGCGUUGGUCUUCUACGCCAUUUCUGGCCUGUGGGGUGUUGGUGACGCCGUGUGGCAAACCCAAAUCAACGGUAUCUACGGAGCUCUGUUCCGACGAAACAAGGAAGCCGCCUUCUCGAACUAUCGGCUGUGGGAGUCUGCCGGUUUUGUGAUUGCCUACGCUUACUCUACCCAGUUGUGCGCGCGGAUGAAGCUCUAUAUCUUGGCUGCAGUCUUGGCCCUUGGAAUGGUCGGAUACGCCAUUGUGGAAAUCCGGCAUCUUGCAAAGGAACGUCGCCUCAAGAAGCUGGAGGACACGCCCAAGCAGCAGCAGACCGAAGCCGAACGCAAGGAGAUGGAAGAGGACGACGAAAAGGAUGAACUCGAAGAGGACAUCGUCAUCACGCAUCUGUAAAGUUACCAUGUUCACCGUGAAGAAGAAUCUUGAUACACCGCCGCAGUGUUUUUAUUUUGUCGCGUAUAAUUUGAUGCUUCCAUAGAAGCAUUGUUAAAUGAUUCCUAUUUAGAAUUAACGAGUUCUUAUUUAAAGAAAAAAAAAAGUUUACAAACAAAUGGAUCGCACACUAUAUAGUUGACGAGACGUUGAUCAUUUCAUUCAUUUUAUUGACCCACAUCAUUGCGACUUCUUCCGCAAAAAUGGAUUAUUGUACAUUAGUUUCCACUUCUAUGACCCAUUGCAUAGCACAAAUCUUUCAUUCCUUAAAAUUUCCCAAUGGCUCUGAAUCUUAGCCGAAAAAACAAAAAUGCACUGUAAAAAUUAUCCAUUCACCUCUAGCCCAGCAGCUGCUUGCUUUUUUGAAGAUGAGGAAUUCAUGCUUACAGGUAACACAGAUAGAUCUCAUUGAAGCAGGUUUCCUUCGUCGCAUAACACCCAUUGCUGUGUGACUAAACUUAGAACAGUAGGUGAUUUGAAGCCGAACUCUUACAAACUGUUGUAAGCCCAGAUUGCCAACGAUGUUAUUACUUUAGGUAAACAUGUAAAUAAAAGUAGCUCUGUACACACAAUUAAA